CCCGGCGCCAGGAAAGUCCCGCUGCGGGCUCGCAACCUGCCUCCGUCCUUCUUCACCGAGCCGUCCCGGGCGGGCAGCGGCGGCGGCGGCGGCGGCGGCGGCCCGUCGGGGCCGGGGGUGAGCUUGGGCGACUUGGAGAAAGGCGCCGAGGCCCUGGAGUUCUUCGAGUUGCUGGGGCCCGACUACGGCGCCGGCACCGAGGCCAGCGUCUUGCUCACCGCAGAGCCUCUCGAUGUGUUCCCCGCGGGAGCUGCCGUCCUGCGGGGCCCCCCGGAGUUGGAGCCCGGUCUCUUUGAGCCGCCACCUGCGAUGGUGGGGAGCCUACUGUACUCCGAGUCCUGGAGCGCCCCGGGCUGCCCCCAGACCAAGAAGCCGCCCCUGGCUGCCCCGCGCGGAGGCUUGACCUUGAACGAGCCCUUGCGCCCCCUGUACCCCUCUGCCGCGGACUCUCCGGGAGGGGAGGACGCGUCCGGCCUUCUGGCGUCUUUCGCCCCCUUCUUCUCAGACUGCGCCCUGCCCCCGCCCCCGCCGCCGCCGCAUCAGGUGUCCUACGAUUACACCUCGGGCUACAGCCGCACGGCUUACUCCAGCCUCUGGAGACCGGACGGGGUUUGGGAAGGAGCGCCCGGGGAGGAGGGGGCGCACCGGGACUGACGGAGAGGUACCGUUGCCUCCCGGUCGGGACCGAUGUGGGGAGCUCCGGCCUCUGGGUCUCUCCUAAGCCUGAGAACGAUGGAAAAGUGCUCGUGGAGAUGAAACGGAUUUAAAAAUAUUCACUUAAUAAAAGAAACUGACGAAAAAGAAUUGAAGAGGAGUUGGGGGUUGUUUUGAUCACAGCCUCAACUGUUAAAAACAAAAACAAAAAAAACUUUGGUAGGUUCUUACUGGACCAGACAACCAAGAAACCGAGAAGGGCUUUGGGGAAUGGGGUGGGACUGGCGGAAGGGGCAAGCGGUGGUUGCUACAGCCCUUCUCCAAUUUUUCAGCAAAGGUCAGUGUGUUUAGUGUAAUUGCCCCUUCCAAGCGGUGCGCUGGUCCCUCCCUCUCGUCCUUUGAGUGCAUUAUGAAUUAAAGCUGAUCUUGAAAAGAA